GGUUUUAAAUGCUGUAGUUCCACGUACGUCUAAAGCUCGAGGGCGGACCGGGAACCGUGACUCGAGCUGACCUUAAAUCGGUGUGGACGCACGCAGACAGGACACUCGUUAACGGGUUCUGAACGGGAUCAUGCGCUCGAUUUGGGGUUUAUUUGCGGUGGUGGCAGCAGCAACUUUCUACCUCUAUAUGCUGUCGGCUUUUCUGCCCCCCGGUCCGCCUCGCGCGCAAUAUCACGACCCCACGGCGGACACGGGCGCGCGCGCUGAGGACAGCAGUGCAGAUGAAGAGAAGCUCCGGCUGCGUUUCCCUUCAGACUUGGAGGAGCUGCGAGAUCUGUCCGAGCUGCUCAAGUUUUAUAAGCAACAACACACAGGUUAUGUGCUCUUGCUGUUCUGCAGUGCCUACCUCUACAAGCAGUCCUUCGCCAUUCCUGGUUCCUCCUUCCUGAACAUGCUGUCAGGAGCGCUGUUCGGCCCGUGGUACGGCCUCCUCAUUGCCUGCACUCUCACCACAGUGGGCUCCACUAACUGCUACCUGCUGUCUCGUACGUUCGGCAAACGACACGUGAUCCGCUUCUUCCCAGAGAAAGUAGCCAUGUUACAGAAGAAGGUGGAAGAAAACAGAAGCAGUCUGUUCUUCUUCCUGCUUUUUCUGCGCUUCUUUCCAAUGACACCCAACUGGUUCUUGAAUGUAACUUCUCCCAUCCUCAACAUCCCCAUCCCCAUGUUCUUCUUCUCUGUCCUUAUUGGUCUGAUCCCCUACAACUUCAUCUGCGUGAGGACGGGAGCCAUCUUGUCAGAGAUCACAUCACUGGACGGCAUCUUCUCUUGGGGAACUCUGCUGCAGCUGCUGCUCAUAGCAUGUGUAGCCCUGCUGCCCGGCGCCGUCAUCCGCCGCUACAGUCAGUCGCACCUCAGACUGAACGGCAUGCAGUCCAACAGCCAGAAAAAACAGCUCAAUGAGCUAAACGACCUCAAAAACAGAUGACCUGCAGUAGAUCAGGGAUCUGCAGGAGCACAGCACUGAACAGGAGGUGGUUUCUAGAAUCACUGCAUUGCUCAGACUAAUAUUUAUGUCCAGUUUUAUCACAACAGUUUUCCUGUAAAUGUUUAACCACUUUGUAGCAAAUUACUAUUUCUAAUAUUCAGUGAGUCGCUUCAGUGAAUCGAAAGUUACUCUUUCGCACACUGUGCCAAAGAGGAGACCUGUAAUGCCUUAAACAAACAGAGAACCUGAAAAAAAUGAUUUUUAGUUUGUUUAUAAAGGGUGUGUGUCUAAAGUGCAUUUGCCCUUGUUGGGACAUUAAGGGAAUUAAAAAAAAAUGGCAUUUACACAAUUACCAAUUUUCCCCUAAAUGCAGCUGAUCAGAUAUUUUGAUGACCGAUGCAAAAAUACACCGUAUGAUUGACUGCAUUUACAGGAAAUCGGAAAAUAACGUACAUUUCCCUCAAAAUAUUCCAUAAAUCCUUAAAAAAUGCUUGUGCAGUUUGUCAGUUGUGUCUCAGGUGCCGAAAGUUUACACAUUUAAUAGUCCGGUAUUUAUUGUUGCACUGUAAACUUAUUUAUAUCUGCUUGUAAAAUACCAGAGAAAGUAUUUUUAUUUAUUACGACUAAAAAAGAAUUCAGUUCGAUUUACGCCUUAAAACGUGUCCUCACACACGAUCACCCUUUUUAAAAAAUAUUUAUUUCUAAAGAUUUCUAAAGAAAGCGAUGAAGCAUGAAGAGUCAGGAGUGUGAACAGUUUAAUACUCUGAGCAUUAGCUUUGUGUUCGGAGUUCAAACCUCAAGGAUCUGUGAAGUGAGUUCAAGUUACUUAAAUGUGCCUUAACUCGUGUCUUAAAGUUUUUUACUUACAUUUACAUUAACAGAGAGAAAAUAAAAUAGACAUCGUCUAAACGUGCUUUUAUCCCCAGAAUGCUGCUUUUGUAGGAACUCAGCUUGACAGAACAUGCAUGUAUUUUAAUGUAACUAUUAUCUUCAGCGUGAUGUACUGAAUUUUUUUUUUACAGUUUCAUAUUUAUUUAUUGCUUUUGUUGAAUUUUAUGUAUAGUUUGUUUUCUUGAUCUGUUCACCAGAUUCACUUCGUCUUAAAGACUAUGAAUAUUACUUAAUGUCUUAUUUGAUAUUUAAAAAAAUAACAUUAGAAACUCUGGUGUUUGCAAAAAUAACAAACCUUUUAAAAAGAUAAGACGUUUCUCUUGUGUGAUUUGUUUUCUGAUAUAAAUCGUUUAAGGUAAAGAAUGGACAAUGAAACAAUUAAAAAACCUAAAAAACCUAACUCUCUGAGUUAAAGAGUAUUUCUAUUUCAACAUUUCCAGCAUUUAGCAGACACUGUUAUCCAGAGUGUCUUACAUUUUAUCUCAUUUAAUACAACUGAGGUUAAGGGCCUUGCUCAGGGGCCCCAAAAGUGUCAGCUUGGUGGACCUGGGAUCAAACUCACAACCUUCCCACUGGUAGUCCAACACCUUAACCACUAAGCUACCACAUCCGUGUGAUUCUAUAUGUGAUCGUAUCAGGAUCUCUUUCAGCCCCUGGUUUUAUAUUCGAUUGUCUAUAAACCUCAUCGAGUAUAAAAAUAGUAAAAAGGGAAUAAAACAAGAUGGUGCACAUCGUUAUAGAAAAAUAAUCAACGAUGCGGUGCUGUAAUGUAGCCUGAUGUUUAAUACAUUCCUACAGCAUCCUGAGGGUUUUAUUCCUCUUCAUUAAUUCGCUAACAUUUAAAUUUAAAUUGCUAACUUUUAAACCUUUUAUCGUUUGACCUGGACGUCAAUCUGUCUCGGUUAAUCAUCUGACUAAAUAUUUUUAUUGAAAUUGAGUGAGUGGAAAAUUUCAGAAUGAUGUUUGUGUUUUCUUUUCGGUGCAUGAAGGAAGUCAAACAGUUAAAGUUAAAAUAUGAUUUUUAUUUGGACUGGAUCAUGACUUGGCCUUGACUCCUUUAAAGGUGGGGUCUCCGUUGUUUGAGAAAUGCUUCAGAAAACUGCUUUGGGCCACAAAACAAAACAAAAACAAAACUAACGUGUAGCCAGUGAGCAGAAAGGGGCGGGUCUUGUCAAUAUGCGGCAGAAUGUUCAGUGCGUUCAGGACGUGUUUGUUUUGGUGAUUUCAAAUGUCAACAUUGGCUUUCAAACAACGGAGACCCCACCUUUAACUCUUUUUUCCUCCAGAUGCCAAAAAAAUGGAGUUUGCUCAUGUUUGGUUGUUUCCAUCAGAAUUUCUUUUUUCUUAACCUACUAAAGGAUGGUAAAUUCAUAGAAAAGUUCCACACAAAUGUUUCAAUCUUUAAAGUAAAUGCUGAUUGAUAUCACUGUGCUCUCUGUGACGUCCUUCACCCGAGUGUUUGUUCAGAAGCAUCUAACAUCUUAAGGUGUUUAUCUUCAACCAGCAAAAUUCUAUGUGAGGUUAUUAAAUAUGUUAUCCAAAUAAUUUGACAGUUAAAAUAAUUUUCUUGAUUCAUAUUCAAAGCCCUAAUAUAAACUUGGAAAAUUGUAGGAAUAAAUUGGCUUCUUAUUCAUAUUAAUACAAAAAGUCAACGUUUCAGAUUAACCCUUUAAAUGUUGAAGGUCAAAGCAGAAAUUUUGCUUGGUCUAUAUUUCUUCCUAAUCAAGCUUUAGUGAAAGAAACACACACACACACACACACACA